CUGCGUGCGUCCAGCGGAUCUGGUGUUUUGAAGAUGAACAGCGUGCUGCUUCUCCACUACAACUACACUGGAAAGCUGGACCACCGGCAGAACGCCGGAUCGGGGCCGGGCGCCGUGGACACCCAGACCGUCGUGUUCCUGGUCAUUUGCAGCUUCAUCGUCCUGGAGAACCUCACCGUGCUGGUGGCCAUAUGGAGGAACCACAGGUUCCACAACCGCAUGUACUUCUUCAUCGCCAACCUGGCGCUGUGCGACCUGCUGGCCGGAGUGGCCUACCUGGUCAACCUGCUCCUGUCCGGAGAGAGGUCCCUGCAGCUCUCUCCUGUCCUCUGGUUUGUCAGGGAGGGCAGCUUGAUCGUGGCACUCGGUGCCUCCGUCUUCAGUCUCCUGGCCAUCGCCAUAGAGAGACACCUGACUAUGAUCAAAAUGAGGCCGUACGACGCCAAUAAGAACUACAGAGUGUUCCUGCUCAUAGGGACCUGCUGGCUGAUUGCCAUAUCUCUCGGAGCUCUACCCAUCUUGGGGUGGAACUGCCUGGGCAACCUCCCCGACUGCUCCACGGUCCUUCCUCUGUACAGCAAGAAAUAUGUGGCUUUCUACAUCAGCGUUUUCAUGAUUUUGCUCUUGGCCAUGUCUGUUCUUUAUGCCCGCAUCUACAUCCUGGUCAAGUCCAGCAGUCGAAAGGUAACCAAGCACAGUAAUUCCGAGCACGCCAUGUCCCUGCUGCGCACCGUCAUCAUCGUGGUCGGGGUCUUCAUUGCGUGCUGGACGCCCAUCUUCGUCCUCCUCCUGGUGGACGUGGCGUGCGUGCAGAGCUGCCCCAUCCUCUACAAAGCCGACUGGUUCAUCGCCGUGGCCGUGCUCAACUCCGCCAUGAACCCAGUCAUCUAUACCCUGGCCAGCCGCGAGAUGAGACGGGCCUUUUUGGGUCUGGUUUGUGGCGUCUGCUUCAGGACGAAGUCCUCGGUGAAUGGCAGCGGUCACAGGCAGUCGCUGGAGCCCAGCCGCAGCAGGAGCAAGUCGUGGAGCAGCCAGAACAACCCAAACCAGAACCAGCAGAGCUCCAAUCAAGCGGAGCUGGAGAGGGGGAAGGAGAUGGAGGCAGGCCACGAAGAGGUUUCAGCGGUGGUGGGAGCAAGAAGAGAUCCUGCUCAGGAUGGAAACAUGCAAUCAUUUGAGGAUGAGGGAAGCAAAAAUUAA